AUGCCUCGCGGCAUACGAGUCCGCGCGAGAGUCAACGUCCGAACAACUCCGCCGGUCCUCCGCACGAAACGAGUCCAUCCCGUCGACGGCGACGGGCCUCGACUCUGGAACGCCAAACGACGCAUCCAAUCCAGCAAAGGGCUCUCCUUCUGGCAAGCCAAGAACUUGGUAAACAAGGAUGAACUGCGGCGGCAGACGUGGCCCGGCUGCAAGGCAUGGAAGCCACUAAUCGACAACGAGGAAAUAAACAUGGAGUGGUGGAAGCUCGACAGCGAGGCUCUGCCGCAGUUCAUUGAGGCACACCCCAACCUACGGACGCUAUCGCCAGACGUCAAGACCUUCAUCCAGCAAGGGUCCAUCAACCUCAACCGCUCCAACAUUCUACGCAUAUUGCUAGACCCCUCGAAAUACUUCUCCUUCCCCUCCAAUGUCCCGCACAGCAUGCGGAAGCAGGUCUACUUCCCGUCCCCCGAAGACGCAGUCGUGCUCAUGCGCACACCCCAUCUCGGCCCGCGCUACUCCGCCUUCGACGUACCACUACACUUCAACAAGCUCGACCUGAAAGCCUACCUCAAGGACGUCUACAACGUUGAUGUACUGCACAUCCGCAGCGCCGUCUUUCAGCAGAAGCUCGACCGCAAGGAAGGCCGCGACAUGUACUCGCGCGGCCAGGCCUUCCGGCCGGGCAGCAAGAAGAAAAUGACCUGUCUGCUUGCGAAGCCGUUCGUCUACCCUGAAGAGCCCGAGAAUCUCGACGCCUGGGAGCACAACGAAUACUGGGCCUCGAUGAAGGCCAUUGUGGAAAAGAACCGCGAGGAGUCCGAAUGGGGCAUGCACAACCCGAACCAGAAACACCGCAAAGCUAUCGCCGUGCAAGCGCAGCAGUUGCUCAAAGGCAAGACGCGGUGGGCGCCCACGUGGCAGAAUUUCGCCGACGAUUGGCGUGCUAUGCGUGGGCUCACUGGGGCGGAGUCCACACAGCAGCCCGUCGGAGGGUCGGGGCCGUCUGUAUGA